ACGCUCCGGGACGAGCCUCCCGUGGGUCCCCGCCCCCAUCACGUGGGCGCCGGACCCGGCCACUGCCGGUCGGUCCGCUGGUUGGUCGGUUAGUUGGUCGGUGGGUCAGUGGCCUGAAGCUCGGUUCCCGGCUCUCAUGUUUGGAGGUGGGAGGGACACGGGAGAGGCCCGCACACCUGAGUCGCCCGGAGAGGAGUCGCGGCCCCACACCCAGUAAGCAGAGGAGGAGACAACUUAGGCAACAGGAGUCAUGGCAUCUGAUGCGAGUCAUGCGUUGGAGGCUGCCCUGGAGCAAAUGGAUGGGAUUAUUGCAGGCACUAAAACAGGUGCAGAUAUUAAUGAUGGUACCUGUGAACCUGGUCUGUCAUCCUUGGCCUCCUACGUGAACUCCUUCCCAGUGCUCCAUCUUGUUGAGGACUUGAGGCUGGCCCUGGAGAUGCUGGAGCAUCCUCAGGAGAGAGCAGCCCUUCUGAACCAGAUUCCAGGCCCGACAGCUGCCUACAUAAAGGAAUGGUUUGAGGAGAGCUUGUCCCAGGUAAACCACCACGGUGCUGCUAGUAAUGAAACCUACCAGGAACGCUUGGCACGUCUAGAAGGAGAUAAGGAGUCCCUUAUAUUACAGGUGAGUGUCCUCACAGACCAAGUGGAAGCCCAAGGAGAGAAGAUCCGGGACCUGGAAGUGUGUCUGGAAGGACACCAGGUGAAACUCAAUGCUGCUGAAGAGAUGCUUCAACAGGAGCUGCUAAGUCGCACAUCUCUUGAGACCCAGAAGCUUGAUCUGAUGACUGAAGUGUCUGACUUGAAGCUCAAACUGGUUGGCAUGGAGAAGGAGCAGAGAGAGCAAGAGGAAAAGCAGAGAAAAGCAGAGGAGUUACUACAAGAACUCAGGCGCCUCAAAAUCAAAGUGGAAGAGUUGGAAAAUGAGCGAAAUCAGUAUGAGUGGAAGUUGAAGGCCACUAAGGCUGAGGUAGCCCAGCUGCAGGAGCAGGUGGCCCUGAAAGAUGCGGAAAUUGAGCGUCUGCACAGCCAGCUCUCCCGGACCACAGCCCACAGUGACCAUAUAGAGAGAGACCAAGAAAUUCAACGUCUGAAAAUGGGAAUGGAAACAUUGCUUGUCGCAAAUGAAGAUAAGGACCGACGGAUAGAGGAGCUUAUGGGGCUGUUAAACCAGUACCGGAGAGUGAAGGAGAUCGUGAUGGCAACUCAAGGACCUUCAGAAAGAACUCUCUCAAUCGAUGAAGAAGAACUGGACGGAAGUUUCAGAAAGUGGAACACUGCAAAUAAAGGGCCUGAAGAAUUAUUUAAGCCAGAGAUGCCUCCAAGAUGUAGCUCUCCCACGGUGGGGCCACCACCACUGCCGCAGAAAUCACUGGAAACCAGGGCCCAGAAGAAACUCUCCUCUAGUCUGGAAGACUUGAGAAGUGAACCUGUGGAAAAGGGUGUUGAUGCGAACCAGCUCUCCGCGGUGGUAGAACGCAAGGAUAGCCCUUUCCUGGCAGAGCACAAAUGCCCCACAUUACCUGGGAAGCUUUCAGGAGCCACGCCCAAUGGAGAGGCUGCCAAAUCUACUCCCACCACCUCCCAGCCUGACACCACAGGGAGCAGCCUGCUGAGACUGAGAGAAACAGAAAGUAGUUGGGAUGACACUGCCAUGGCCAACGACCUCUCAUCCACCUCAUCUGGGGCUGAGUCAGGCCCCCAGUCUCCUCUGACGCCAGAGGGUAAACGGAGCCCCAAGGGCAUCAAGAAGUUCUGGGGAAAAAUCCGAAGAACUCAGUCAGGAAACUUCAACACUGAUGCUCCUGGGAUGGCAGAGUUUCGACGAGGUGGACUUCGGGCGACUGCAGGACCAAGACUCUCCAGAACCAGAGACUCCAAGGGUCAGAAAAGUGAUGCCAGUGCCCCCUUUGCCCAGUGGAACACAGAGCGUGUAUGUGCCUGGCUGGAGGACUUUGGCCUGGGUCAGUACGUGAUCUUUGCCAGGCAGUGGGUGACAACUGGCCACACAUUACUGACAGCUACCCCUCAGGACAUGGAAAAGGAGCUAGGAAUUAAACACCCUCUACACAGGAAGAAGCUGGUUUUAGCAGUGAAAGCCAUCAACACCAAGCAGGAGGAGAAGUCUGCACUGCUAGACCACAUUUGGGUGACACGGUGGCUUGAUGAUAUUGGCCUACCCCAAUACAAAGACCAAUUUCAUGAAUCCAGAGUUGAUGGACGAAUGCUGCAAUACUUAACUGUGAAUGAUCUACUCUUCUUAAAAGUCACCAGCCAGCUACAUCAUCUCAGCAUCAAAUGUGCCAUUCAUGUGCUGCAUGUCAACAAGUUCAACCCACACUGUCUACACCGGCGGCCAGCUGAUGAGAGUAACCUUUCUCCUUCAGAAGUUGUGCAAUGGUCCAACCACAGAGUGAUGGAGUGGUUGCGAUCUGUGGACCUGGCAGAGUAUGCUCCCAACCUUCGAGGGAGUGGCGUCCAUGGAGGUCUCAUUAUCCUGGAGCCACGCUUCUCUGGGGACACACUGGCUAUGCUCCUCAAUAUCCCACCACAAAAGACGCUCCUUAGACGCCAUCUAACCACCAAAUUCAAUGCCCUGAUUGGUCCUGAGGCUGAACAGGAAAAGCGAGAGAAAAUGGCCUCACCAACCUACACAGCUCUGACCACCACGGCCAAAGUGCGGCCAAGGAAACUAGGAUUUUCACAUUUUGGAAACAUAAGAAAAAAGAAGUUUGAUGAGUCGACGGACUACAUUUGCCCAAUGGAGCCCAACGAUGGUGCUGGUGAUGGCCACAGUGUCUACAGUGGUUUCCGGUGCCUCAGCCCUCUUGAUGCCCCUGAACUAGAUGGGCUGGACCAGAUGGCACCUUCGGAAGGCAUGGUGACGCAGAUAGGGCUCCUCUCCCAAGACAUUCACCGCCUCACGACUCUGCUGAGCCAGGACCAGCUGCUGAAUGACUCUCGCCUGGCUGCUCCCGGCUCUGAUAACUGGAGAUGACUUCCUUCAUGGCCGAGAGCCCAGAGAAGCACGUGUGAGGGCCCUGAGUCUUUGCUUCAGUGAGGAGCUGGCACACAGCCACGUGUGGAGCCCAGAACGGGCUGGGUCUGGCAGGGGCAUCUUGGACACACAUGCUGACAGGAGCAAAGCAGAGAUGUGGAGCAGAUGUCCAAGAGAUGGUCCCAGUGUCCCUAUGUGUUUUCAGCCCUGCUGUGCUCUUCACCACAGCUUUUCUACCUUUUGUAUUUUUAUAGGUGGACUGCAGAUCACUUUUGCCGGGAGGGCAGUGAGUGAGGAACACACAUGCUGUUCCUGGUGACAAGUGAGAGGCUCUUAUACCAGAAGGGAGGGGCUGCUGGUUCAUAAAAGCUCUCCUGGAAAAGAAAUGUUCUCAAUCAUUUGUGACCAAGCUCCGUGAAAUGGUAAUAGGGUGCCCCCUACUGGGCUGCUUCGAAGGAGCAUGCAUGUAUUUUCAUUCACUGGAAUCAGGCAGGCAGAGGGGAAUUAAGGUGGAGGGUGAGAGCAGGAAAGGAGCCAUAAGACUCCUUUCCUAUUGCACCCAUCUGCCCUGAAUCUACUCUCAUCUGCAGCAGGUGUCUGCUGGUUCCUGGGUGUUGCUGGGCCUCCCAGGGUUUUAGCAGAGGAGUCCCUAAUGCACAUAUACACACACAGGCCCUCUUCCUCCUCCCAAGCUCACCAGAGCACACUCCAAAUCUCUGUCCUACCAUUUUCCCUCAUCAUCCUCAGAUGUAAUUGAUUAAACAGCUUCCCCCUCCCUGGAAGGCCCUUGGGCACCCCAAACUCCAUGUUUCUGCCACGAGGCACCACCAUGCUUUGUCAUACAUGGUUAAAACUCUCAAACUACUCAGUUGCUUCUCCAGUAACUCAGGUGCCAAAUUCUCUCCAUCUUCCUGAGUGAUUUUGCUCCUUCAUCUCCCUCCCACUGUGACUGCUCUAGUUCAGGCCUUGUCUCUCAUCUGAUUGACUGCACUUGGUCUCCUACUUGGUACCUCAUCUCUCCAGUUAUUCCUCUCAGGCUUGUUCUCUACCCCAUCCCCAGGGUGACCUUCCCAAAGCACCAUUUUAAUCCUGUCACCUUUCUGCUCACAAUUCCUCUGUUACAGAAUUACCACAGAAGUAAAAGUUCUUAGCCCAAUAUCCAAGGUCCUUUAUAGUCAUUCAGCACACUGGCUCCUUCAACCUUCGUGAACCCACUACUUCCUACCCAAAUUCAUUGCUCCUUUUAAGACGUGUGCACCUUUUCUGUGUCAUUCCUCACUAAAGAGUGCGUUUUUUUUUUUUUUUCCCAGGCGCCUUCACAUGGCCAAAUCUUACCUGUCAAGGCCCAGCACAGAUACUGUCUCUUUAAGGAUACCUUUGCUGCUGUUAGGUUGCAGGUCAACUCUAUCCCAUGUUUUGUCCUUUUCAAGACAAGAGCACUUCCUACAUCACCUUGAAGUUUUUAUGUGUCUCUUACCAUACCCACCCUCAACACAUGCUAAGCACAUGCUAUGGGAUGGUUCUUGUGCCAGAUCCCAUAGUCCUGAUAGGAGUAAGGCCCAAUCCUGGUGCUCAAAUUGCUCAGGAGACCCAUGCUUCUAGUUCCCCAUCUACCCAUUUGUUCACAUGUGUGUGUUAAGUACCUUCCAUGCACCAGGCCUGGGCUAGGGAGGGCUAGAGAUACAGAAGUGAAUGUCAGGGUUUCACCUAAGGGUGCUUAUAGUUUAUGGGAGGGGAGGGGGCAUAGACAUGUUUAAAACAAGUGUGCUAAAAUGUUCCAAGUGCUCCAAUAGAAGUCUCAAGGCCCAAAAGAGCAAGCUGUCAUUUUUUUUUUACUGGGAGCUUGUGGAUGGGGACUGAAAAAUCUCCAUGGAAGAGAGAUUUGAAUUUUGAAAGAUGUCAUAGUUUACCAGUAUGCCAGAGGGGAAGGGCAUGGGCUUGAAACCUCCUAGCAUCCUAAGAUCCUAGGAACUGCCAAUAGUUUGUAAAACUAGAGCAGGGUUUCUCAACUUCCACGUUAUUGCCAUUUUGGGCCAAACAAUUCUUUGUGAUAGGACUGUCCUGUACACUGUAGGAUGUUUAGCAGCAUCCUCAGUCUCCACCCUCUAGAUACCCAUAGCACUCAUCCCUCUCCCCAGUUGUGAUAACCAAACAUGUCUCCAGACAUUGCCAAAUAUCCUCUGGGGGACAGAGUCACCUCUGGUUGAGAAUCACUAGAGAAUAGGGUCACAAUGGAAGGCCCAGGGAAGGAAAAUUCUGGUGAGACUGGCAGGAGCCAUAUCGAAGGCCUUGUAAACCAGGUUGCUGGAAUUUUUCUUGGAGAUAGGGAGUGGCCAGGAUGCGGAUUUGAGCGAAAACAGUUUAAAGCAGAGGACAAGCCUCCCUGAGGGCAGGAUCUAUGAUUUACUCAUCAUGUGGUAACCAGCAAAGUAUGUUCUCCUGAGUAGGGGAAUCGCUGAGCAUGCGCUGAACAGAUGAGAUGGGUGGAUUAACACUAGCCUCCCUCCUCUUCCCCUUGUAGGCCCUCUGAGACUAUCCCUGUUUGGAAACCCUGUGGGCAAGACACAGCUGUACUCAAGAGAGCUCCCUAGGACAGCAUCCACCUCUCUCCUCCUCCUCUCUGACACUGUGACACACACACACACGCACGCACGCACAGUAAACAAUCCAGUGAUACCAAGUUUCAGCGUUGCUGCUAGUAUGCCAGUUUUUGUGAAACGGAAAUGACUUAGGAAUUAGACCCUGGUUUGAAGCCCAGCUCUGCCACCUACUGGCUGAAUGACCUGGGGAGAAUUACUUAGUCUGUGCCUCAGUUUCCUCAUCUAAACUUGAAGAGCAGAAUCCUCACAGAACCUCUGCCUUGUUAAGGGAUUAUAUGAAAUAAAGUGCAGAAGUGGCACUACCACUCCCAGGUAACAUACCUGUUGCCAUCAAGUCAACUCGGACUCAUAGUGACCCUAUAUGACAGAGUAGAACUGCUCCAUAGGGUUUCCAAGGCUGAAAUCUAUAUAAAAGCAGAUUGUCACAUCUUUCUCCUCAGGAGUGGCUGGUGGGUUUGAACUGAUGACCUUUCAGUUAGCAGCCAAAAGCUUAACCACUGUGCCACCAGGGCUCCUUCCCUAGGUAAAAUGCUAGAGCAGAAGUGUAUCAUCCUGUCCAUUGAGAGCAGAUGGUGACAAUGGUCACAUUUAUCAUUUGGGCUUAGCAUGAUAAAGGAUUUAAGGAACAGCUUCAGGAACCUGGUGGCACAGUGGCUAAGAGCUUGGCUGCCAACUAAAGGCUGGCAGUUUGAAUCUACCAACUACUCCUUGGAAACCCUAUGGGGCAGUUCUACUCUGUCCUAUAGAGUCCCUUCGAGUUGGAAUCAACUCGACGGCAAUGGGUUUCUUCAGGAACCUAACUUUGCAAGUUGAGAACUGUAUGGAACCACCCUCCAUGCCCUCUCAUGCCAGCCCAGUGCCUAGCAUUUUGAGGAUGCAAAUAAAGUGCCCCUCACCUCCAUUUGAUGUUCAAAGUGCCGGGUGUCUAGGAAGGAUUCCUGGAGCUCACCUGCCCUUGGAUUUACUACUGCCUUGGUGUGUGUGUUUUUAAUACUAUUCCCAUUUCAAGGGCUUCCCACAAGAAACAGAAGAGUACACCUGGAAAGUCCCUGAGCCCUGCUGGUAGGUUUGACCUUAAAAACACAGAACAUUCUGGAGAGAAGGGUUCAAGAGAGAUUACUGGGAGUUGAUCAUGACCCCCUAGGCUUUUUUUUUUUUGGAUUCUGCUCUGGCACAUUUGCCAGUUCUAACCCCUGUGGAACCCUGGUGACGUAGUGGUUAAGUGCUACGGCUGCUAACCAAAGGGUCGGCAGUUCAAAUCUGCCAGGUGCUCCUUGGAAACUCUAUGGGGCAGUUCUACUCUGUCCUAUAGGGUCACUAUGAGUUGGAAUUGACUUGACGGCACUGGGUUUGGUUUUGGUUUUUUGGACCCCUGUGGAUAUGCAGAAGCCAACUCACAUGCAGGGCAGGCCAAGGCCUCCGGACUGCCCAGCGGCUCCCCCGCAGAGCCACAUCUCAUGGGUGAGCCAUACCUCAUGGGCUAUUUGCUUUGUACUUAAGUUUAUUUCACUAAUCUCCUGAAAAAGAUACUGAAAUGGAGCUCCUUCAGGCCUCCCCAAGGAAGGAGUCUUCAGAAGCCUCUU